AUCAGAACUGCGGCUUAUUUUCGCACGUACCCACUCUUGUAGCAGAGCCUGGUGGGGAAAAAAAACGGCUGCGAUGUCACUUGGAACCACAUCAAAUGUUGUCGGGGACCAUUUUGUUGUUGUUGUUGUUCCGGGGGGCACCUUUUCUCGCACGUUGCAGUGAAAUGAAAGUGGUAAAUCACACGGCCAGACGAAAACAAGCGCUUCUCUGUGCACGGCCGAGGCCCGGCGGCCCUCCGCCGGAUUGGAACCGAACCUCAAGGUCACGCUCCGUAUCGCGUGAGAGAAUAUUGGAAAUAUUGUCAAAACUGACAAAUGGUCGAACCAAUAACACGGCAAAGAUUGAAAAAGCGUGGCUUGGAUGCUCAUGACGACGUGAUAUAAAACUAGAUUUAUGAUCGAGUGCCUGCGAAACACACGCGCACACCUGCGUCGGACGAAGACCUGGCACCCUCGCUCACGUCUCACAUGGACUCGAGAUUCUUGAUGGGCGCACCUUUGCCUCCCUUUGGCUGAAAAACCUCAAACCACUGUCAAAAAAUAAAUGUUGACUCAGCCGCGCGGAUGAGCUGCAACGCUUCAUCGCGGGGUACGGGAACUUGCAGGCGUGAUGAUGUUAGGGAAUGAAAUGUAGGAGGUUGGUGAAGGAACUCUUAGAAUGGACGUGAAUCACCAUCAUGACCCCCCCUUCGAAACUAUUAAGAAAAGCUGCUGCUAGCGAAGAUCCGUUCUUUGCUUCAUGGAGGUGACGCCGAAGAACGACGCGUCGAAAUCGGCGUACCGUUCACCGUCCAGUCCGUGGGAGUCCAGAAAUGAGACGCCCCACCAGAAGCUGAGCGACUCCCUGAAGGCGCGUCUGAAGAGAACGCGGCGUGCCUUCACCUCGCCCUUCUCCGUGGCCAAGCGCCUCUGCGUGGACGUGGAGGACGGCCAACGAAUUCCGUCGGAUUCCCGGACGACGGAUGAUGAUGAUGAUGAUGAUAAAAAUCCUCCGCUUAUCAGUCUGCCAGCCGACGUGAACGCUCAGGAAGCCGGACCUGGGAGUGAAAAGUUUUCCGGGACAGUUCCCGGACCGGCGCACACUCACGGUGAAAACGUCGCACAAAGACGGGAGCGGCUCAGUAGGGAGGUCAAGGACAAGACUGAGACGCUACGUCGACUUAGAAUGGUUAAGAUGUACAGGAUCAAGAACGACCUGGCGCAGCUUCAAACCUUGAUCGACAAGUGGCGGCGCUGCGCUCAGAACGCGUUGUACGAGCUCCAGUCGGAAGUCCCGGUGCUUGGACGCAAGGCCAGCCUGUCGGAACUCGUCGAUCUCUUCGGUCUGGAUGAGAAAAUUCUGCACUUUGACCGCACGGAGGACGACUUUGCUUCCUGAAUGUGCUUUCAAACACUUACGACGAUUCAAUCGCAGCAUUCUUAUUUCGCUAGUUACAUUUUCAAAAGUGAAACUCAUUUGUAGAUCGACUAGACGGAGUGAAAUGAACACAACAAGUUAAUAUCUUUUGAUGGUCGCGAAACUGCGUUAAAAUUCCCCAAUCGUUUUGACCUGAGAGGUACGUUCCCGUUCCAAACAGUACUACGGAGAACAUGUUCAAACGUGUCGAGUUCUUUAAUCGUUGCUGCUACGUUAUUGUCACACCCGUCUUUAUUUGUAGAUUAUCUAUUUAAGUGUAAAUAAAACCUGGUCGUCGGCGGAA